AUGAGCCUUGAAUCCAAUGCAUCAAACUGUAGAGCCAAGGAAAAAUUUCUGCAGAUCUUUGAAGGCAGGAAGUUUGAGAUGCUCCGCUAUGACACAAUACCCUCAGAAAAGCCAGACUGGUAUGACCAUGACCAAUUCCUUCAGGGACAGGACUUCUACCGUCGAUUCUCAGUUGGAAUCCUCUUCUCCAAAUUCAUGUCUCUAGUCCUGGGAUUGUUCUUCCCACGGCUGCUCCGUCCCCUGAUGUUCACCCGAAGAUCCGAGCGUCCCCUGGAUGCCCUGAGGAGGUACACAGCCACAGGCAUGCAUGUUUUCCUCUGGUACACAAGAGACCCGUGGGAUCCAGAUUCCAAGUCGAGGAAAAGCCUUCAAGAGGUCACCACCAUGCAUCGCCAUAUUGCUCGGAUGGGUGAGACCACCCAGGGUCGCCAGAAGAUCCAGGAGGCCAUGGCAAACAUGGACACGGAUUACCUUGGUGCAGUGGAGGAGGCACUGCAUUGCUUUCAAGAAGAUACUUCAAAACUUCAAGUGCCCGAUUCUGAAUUCUUUGCCUGCCUACAUUCCCAGCUGAAGGAAGAAGAGGAGGCAAUGGAGCUUCCCACUCUCUCACAGUUUGACCUUGCUCUUACACAGAUGGGAUUCUUCGGAGCACCUCUCCUUUACCCCCAUCGUGUCGGAAUUCAUGGUGCAACUGAGAGAGACUGGGAAGGCUUUAUUAUGUUCUGGCGAACAAUGGGGUAUCUACUUGGAAUAGAUGACAAAUACAACCUCUGUCAGGAUACUGUGGCUGAAACACGAGAAUUGCUCCAAGUCUGUUGUGGGUAUUUCUCAUGGCAGGUACAUGUGGACUGUAGUCUUGCGGCUACCUUCAUGGCAUUCACGGUGGUAGAAGGCCAUCGAAAACUUAACCAGGGGUUGCGCUUGAAACCAUUGAUUGUGUAUGCAUCUACUAUAUAUGACAUAAAGAUGGAGAAGACCAGGAAGUCCAUGACUUGGCAUGAAUGGUUUUGCUAUAUGAAAAUCUGGAGAUUCCUUAGGUAUGGUUGGAAUUCUGACUCAGCAGCUGCUGAUGAGCAGCAGUUCCUUCAUAGUGAACACAGCUUGAAGUUGGGGCUGGCUCACAAUUAA